AUGGAUAAGCGUGCUUGGUAUAAAAACAAGAAAGGGUUUUUCUACAUUUUUGUCCUUUUCCAAACUGGCGUAAUCCUAUUUACAGCAACCUACGUUGUUUUAUUUGUCCGCAAUACAAGAAAUGGCAAGAGUGUAGGUUCAGACAAUGGUUAUCGUCGGUAUUAUGAUUUGAAAAGCGAAAAUAGACGUAAGACGUACGAAGGGAAAGCGUUCAAUAUUCUAUUUAGGCCAAAGGGAAGAAUUAUUAAUAGUUAUAAAGGAGGAAACAGCAAGACUAGCUCAAAUGGGAGAAAUCAAAGUGAUAUUAAGAACUACCAGCUUAAAAACAAGGACGACAAAAUCAACAAGAAUAACGACAAGAGCAGCAACAGUAAAAAGUACAUCAACAUGAGAAGCAAGAAGAAAAGUAGUAAGAACAAAAAGAACAACAGCAAAAGAAAUAACAACAACAACAACAACAACAACAACAACAACAACAACAACAUUCACCAAACCUCCCUCACAGAACCAACUCUACCCAACCAAAGAAAAGCCAUCUUAAUGUUUAUCGCCAUUAUGAGCGCACCUGUAAGAAUACACCGUAGAAAUGCUUUAAGAAGAAGCUGGUUACGACAGUGUCAAAAUCACAAUACUUCAUGUCACAUCUUCACUGAUGGUUUAGACAUGAACGGAAAACGACUGCCUGAUGAAAUUUUGGUUGCUUUGAAACAGGAGCAGUUUCUUCACAAAGAUAUGAUCCUAGUCGAAAGCCCUGGCGGUAUUAAUUUUGCAAGACGGUAUCUUUGGAUCAUUAACUGGGCGAAUAGAAACUACAAGUUUGAUUUCUUACUGAGAGUGGAUGAUGACUAUUUCAUCUGCAUGGAUAGAUUAUUUUUGGAAUUGCCGCAAAGGAAAAUGAUCAGGAAACUUUAUUGGGGACACGUUCAUUGUUAUCCACCAGGCAAGUUUUGA